ACAUAUAUAAAAGGGGAUCCGAGCCUCGACACGAUACGACAUAGCAGUCCAUACCUUAGGGCGAGUACUGGUAAUCAUCCAGCAGCGCUUGAUCACACUGAUAAGACAUGAGGGUUCUCAUCGCUCUAAUCGCAUUCUGCGCCAUCGCGGCCGCAACACCGGCCUAUUCGACAUAUCACGGCGUGCCGCUCGGACUAGACGGGAGGGUUCUGGACACGCCGGAGGUAGCGCGGGCGAAAGCGGCGCAUCUCGCUACCCAGGCUUACGAGGCCGCCAGGAACACGCUCGGCUACGGAUACGUGCCCGCCGUUUAUGCACCUGCAAUUUAUGCACCUGCGAUUACGUACGGCGCGCCCAUCGGAGCGGACGGCCGGGUGGUAGACACACCUGAGGUCGCCCAGGCCAAGGCUGCCCAUCUCGCCGCUCACGCCCAAGAGGUUGCCAAGACAGUCGGUCUGGUUCCAUACGGUGCUCUGGCAUACGCCGCUUCGCCUGCGUUCUACACUUACAGUUACGCUCCACUUGGACCUGACGGCAGAGUAAUUGACACCCCUGAAGUGGCCCAGGCUAAAGCUGCACACUUGGCCGCGCACGCCCAGGCAGCUGCUCGAAGUGUUGAUUGAGUUAGGCAACCAUCGGAAAACCGUGUUUUGAUAAAAUCUAACUAUCUCUUCCCAAUCGUAAAAGAACAAACGGAGAUACCUGUGCCAUGUUUUGUAUGGAUCUGAUGUGAGGAAACUUUGACAAUAAACAAGCCAUUUUUAAGAAUUUCUGAAAUAAAAA